AAUGGCUUCAAAACUCAUCAAAUCCUUUCUUCUUCUCCUCCUUUUGAUCUUUGUUGUUGAGUUGUUCUCUUCGGGAAUGGUUGAUCCACUCGUGGACGUCGAGAUUGCUGACAACUCUAUCUUCAAGGUUUAUGGCUUCCAAUUGAAGGCUAGAAAACUGGCACUUGACAUUGAUUAUGAUGACCCCAGAGCCAAUAACCGGCACGACCCCAAGAGGCCUGGCAAUGGAAAGCCUUGACAUAGCCUCACCCAGGCUUAUGAACUCAAUAAUAACACUAUCUUUUAGUUUUACUUUAGUUCAACACGUCUAAUGAAAAUACUUUAAGUAAUUAAGUUAUGUUUAGAAUAACAAGUUUCCGUCUUUACUAAUAUAUUUGUUAUGGAUGGAGAAUGUAUAUUAGCUUUAUCAAAUGGGAUAUCUUCCUUUUGUAAUAAAGCCUAAAUCAAUGGAUACAGUCAUC